UACGGGCAUUUUGAGUGGAUCGUUAUGCCUCUUGUCCUCAUGAAUGCCCCGACGGCCUUUCAAGCGGCAAUGACCAACGAGUUUCGUGCGAUGUUGGACCGGUUCGUACUAGUCUACUUAGACGACAUUCUCGUCUAUAGCCGGAUAUUGGAGGAUCAUCUUGAGCGCCUUCGACGAUUGUUGGAGACGCUCCACUGCGCCAAGUACAAAGCCAACCACGACAAGUGCAAAUUUGUCGGGCAAGAGCUGGAAUACUUGGACUAUUUUGUCACACCGGAGGGCAUCAGUCCGUUGUCGGACAAGAUUCAAGCCAUCCAAGAGUGGCCGAAACUGAAGACCGUCACAAAUGUUCGUUCCUUCCUUGGCUUAACCGGCUACUAUCAACGCUUCAUCAAGGGAUACUCGAAGAUCGCGGCUCCUUUAUCCAAGCUUCAAUGCGAGGACCGACCAUUCCACUUCGACGAUAAUGCGCGGACUUCCUUUUUGGCUCUCAAAGCGGCAUUGCUAUCCGCGGAGGUGUUGCGCAUCUACGAUCCGCUUUUGCCGACACGUAUCACUACCGAUGCGUCCGGCUAUGGCAUUGGUGUCGUCCUCGAGCAACAUGACGGUGUGGACUGGUUGUUUGAGUACUUUAGCAAGAAAGUGCCCGCCAUGCACUCGGUUGACAACGCACGGAAGGACUUAUUGGCCUUCGUACACGCGCUCAAGCGCUGGCGGCAUUUUCUUCUCGGUCGACGGCAGUUCCGAUGGGUAACGGAUAACAGUCCAUUGGUCUUCUACAAGACCCAAAACACGGUCAAUAGCACCAUUGCCCGUUGGAUGGCCUUCAUCGACCAGUUUGACUUCUUCCCCGACCACAUCCCGGGUAAGUCAAACCGUUUUGUUGAUGCUCUUUCACGGCGUCCGGACCAUUGUACCGUAGUCCACUCAACUUUUGAGAUUAACGACGACUUGCGGGACAACUUCAUCCGCGACUACCAAGUCGACCUAGAGUUUUGCGACAAGUACUCAAAUUGCUCCUCUCCUAAUCCGGCGCCAUCGCACUAUCGGAUCCAAGAGGGGUACUUGUUCGUCUACUCGCGAGGGAAGGAUCUUCUUUGUGUGCCACGAGAUUUACACUUGCGCACACAACUUCUUGGCGAGUUCCACGACGCUCCCGCCACUGGAUACUUUGGAGUCAAUCGUACGAUUGGCCGACUCCGCGAGCGCUUUUGGUGGCCUGGUCUUCUCGACGACAUCACAUGCUAUUUUGAGUCAUGCGAGGUUUGCCGACGUUGCAAAUCCCGCAAUCAUCGUCCGUACGGCGAGUUGCGACCGUUACCAGUCCCCUUGCGGCGAAGGGAAGCGAUUGCCAAGGACAUUACCGACCCGUUCCCCAAGCACAAGACCGGAGUGGAUGGGAUUCUCACGGUGGUCGACCGACUCACCAAGUUCGCCAUGUUUUUGCCUUGCCGCUAUCAUGCCAAGGCACCGGAGUUGGCCGAGGUUCUUUACGCCGGUUGGAUUCGAACCAAGGGUUACCCCAAGGACAUCGUCUGCAGCCGCGACACUCGGUUCAUGUCCGAUUUUUGGUUGGCGUUCAUCAAACGUUGGGGCUCAUCUCUCAAGCCAAGUUCGGCUCGCCACCCCCAAAGCGAUGGCCAAACGGAGAGGGCGCAUCAAACCGCACAGGUUCUCCUUCGCACUCUCAUCCGUCCCGACCAAAAGGAUUGGGUUGAGCGGCUGCCGGAUGUCGAGUUGGCAUACAACUCGUCCAUCCACCCGGCUAUCGGGAUGUCGCCCUUCGAGUUCGAGCACGGCUCGCCUGUCACUUCGCCUUUGGACACAAUCAUUCCACGAAUGGCCGAGAGCGACGACCAUCUUCUUUUCUUUUAUGGAAUGGGUGGGAAUAGCAAGGGAGGGGGGGUAAAGGUCUGCAGGAGGCGAUUUUCCAUCAUGUCUCCUCACCCACUCGCUGAUCAAUUCCCAAGAGUUGAAGCGAAGGAUUUGCCCAGUGUGGUUGUCUGGCCGAAGGAGGAGGAUGAGAUGGCAGAGUAUGUGGACAACAGAAGACAACCUUUGUUGAUCAAAGAAAGAGAGCAGUGUGCAAGUACCAGCUGCCUUGAUGAGCUGUCGUCCCCUGCAGGUGCCUUUGAGCUAGAUGUGGAUAGGUGUGAGUUGUCAUGCGAAGACCAAUGCCUGCUAUCGGGAGGGAAAGCAACGGAGUCCGAGUUGUUAGAUCGAGCUCGCGCUCGAAAAAAACUCAUUUGUGCAAUAUGCCUUGCUUUUCUGUUCAUGGUUGUAGAGAUUGUGGGAGGUGUACUUGCGAACAGCCUUGCGAUAAUGACAGAUGCAGCUCAUCUCUUGUCAGAUGUGGCAGGUUUUGCUAUCUCUCUCUUCUCGUUAUGGAUGGUUUCCUGGGAAGCGACACCCCGACACUCUUUCGGGUACCAUAGAAUGGAAAUCCUCGGUGCCCUCCUCUCUAUCCAGCUCAUAUGGAUGGUCACGGGCGUCCUCAUCUAUGAGGCAGUCUACAGGAUUUUAAAUGGCAAUCAUCAGGUGGAAGGCUUUACUAUGUUUUUGACUUCUGCUUUCGGAGUCGGAGUGAAUAUGUUGCAGGCCGUUCUGCUCGGGCAUUCCCAUGGGCACGGAACUCACUCGCACGGUUUCGGUCAUGACCAUCAUCACCACGACAGUGAGCACUGUCAUCCCCACCAAAACGGCAAUGGAGUUGCAACAGCACUGUGGCAGUCCAGCUCCACAAAAGGUUAUGCAGCCCUUCACAGUGAUGACCAAGAGAACUCACCAAUCGGAGGCCAUGGUGGUGCGUGCGACACUGGGAUGCCAUGUAGAAGGAACAGAUCAAAGUUGAAAGGCAUGCCACGUCCCUACCUUGCAUCCGCCGAGCCUGAGUCCAACAAUCAUGCAAUAACUGGAGGCGAUGAGGGUGAAACGGUUAUCAGCGUAGAACAAUGUGGCGGGGCAUAUCCGAUAUCAGAUACAGCGGAUAGCAUGGGUGAUGACGUGCAAAGCAGAUGGACGACGGCUGCUGGCAGAGCAGUCAGCGAUGGUCCCCAAGUGCAACAAGGUGCUGGCCAUGGAGGGAUCGCUUACAGCGAAAAUGGCGGUCCAGAUGAUCUGGCAGCUGCACAUUCUGUUACAGAGAACAUCAAUCUCAAAGCAGCUUAUGUGCACGUCAUAGGAGAUAUGAUCCAGUCGAUUGGUGUCAUGCUCGUGGGCAUAUUGAUUUGGCUGAAGCCUGAGUGGUGGAAAAUGGAUCUGGUCUGCACGUUGCUUUUCUCCGGAUUGGUUCUUGCGACAACGAUCAAGAUGCUCAAGGAUAUCAUUUACGUUCUCAUGGAGAGCACACCAAAAGAGAUUGAUGCAACAAAGGUGUCUGCUGUUUUCCUAUUCCAGCUUCCCCCCUCCCCCCUUCCUUCUGCCUUGUCCUGGUUCUAGGCCUUCCUCCUCAGUCUCCUCCUCCUCCUCCUUCUCUCCUCCCUCCUCCUCCCUCCUCCCUGUCAUGGAGAGCACACCAAAAGAGAUUGAUGCAACAAGGGUCCUCCCUGUCAUGGAGAGCACACCAAAAGAGACUGGUGCAACAAAGGUUUUUGGGUUUCGUCUUCUGCCCCCUCUCCCCUCCCUUCUGCCUUUUCCUCCGAUUGUGCCGCCCUCCUCCUCCUCUCUCCUCCCUCCUUGUCCUCGCCAUCAUGAUGAUUGAUGAAACAAAGGUGUUAGGUUUUC